AUGUCGUCGGGCAGCGCGCUCCACGCGCUGCUCGUGGCAGCCGCUAGCGCCUCGCACAAGGAUGGGACCUCGGGGCUCGCGGCGCAGCUGCAGGGGGAGAAGGAGAGCAUCGAGCGCCAGAUGGUUGAGUUGGCGGAGAGGAACAGCAAGGCCUUUACAGAGGCGACGAGGUGCAGCAGAGACGCCCACAGGGAGCUGGCGGUCGCGGAGGAGAAGCUGACGAAACUUCAGUCGACGCUGCAGGGUCUGCGGCGAGAAUCCCGCGUUCUGAUGGACAAGGGCGGGGACGUGCGGGAGAAACUGGAGGCGCUGUCUCAGCUGGGCGCGGUGGGGGACCACGCGCAGGACCUCGUCGACGUGCCGCAGAUCCAAGAGGCGUGCGCGGCGGGCGAGGCGUACGACGAGGCGCUCGACCUCAUGGCCUACAUCAACAAGCUCGCGAUCGUCAGGAGCGAGAUUUCCCUGGUCAGGCAGCUGCACGCCGCGUCGCGGCAGCAGGCCGAGCGGCUGCAGGAGCGCGUCCUCGCCCGCCUCGCGGGCCCGUUGCAACUUGCCGAGUGCCUGCGCAUGGUGGCGCUGCUGCGGAGGCUCUCGCCGUCCGGGCCGCACUCCGCAGGCGGCGACCUGCGCAGCACGUUCCUCGCGUGCAGGGGCCGCUGGCUCGACCAGGUCAUCCGCGAGAUCGACACCAGCGCCGGCGACUACGAGUACCUCCGCCGGCUCACGGACGCGCACCGCCUGCACCUCUUCGACAUCGCCAUGCAGUACCGCGCCGUCUUCCCGGACCAGCCCGCCGCCCAGCAGCGCGCCCCCGCCGGGAGCGCCGCCGCGCCCGCGUCGGCCGCGCUGCAGGCCUGGGCGCACGACCGCGUCCUGCACUUCCUCUCCGCCUUCGAGGCCCGCCUCCCGGGCGUCAAGGACGGCGCCUCCCUCGCCUCCCUCCUCGACCACGCCAUGUACUGCGGAGUCAGCCUGGGCCGAGUCGGACUGGACUUCCGACCCCUCCUGGAGCCCAUGUUCGCGGCGCGCGCGCUCGUGCUCUUCACGGACCUCGCGGACGCCGCCGUCCUCGCGUCCCAGCAGCAAGUGCAGACGCAGGCGUGGGGCGCGGCGCUGCCCAGCACCGGCAGCGCAGGCCUCGCCGCGCACGCGGCCCAGGGCGCGCCGGCGCGGAAGGGCGCCGCGGAGAGCGUGCCUCCGGACGCCCCGGCCGCGCAGCCGCCCCGGGAGGUCCUGAGCUUCCCGUUCUUGGCGUCGUUGACGAACGGGGUGUUGGGCGCGCUGAACGAGCUGAGGCAGGUGCCGGUGGUCGCGCUGGGGCCGCGGCUCGCGGAGGCGCUGACGGACGUGCUCGCGCAGGCGGCGGAGGUGCUCGGGGGCGUGCCGGGCGUGCGGAAGCUGGCGGGCCGCGACGUGGCAGCGCACGAGGCCGCGUGCGGCGUGCUGGCGCGCAGCGUGGCGCCGCACCUGCGCGGGUGCUUCGCGCGGCUGUACCCGGACUGCGCGGACCGCGUGGACGUCGAGCGCGCGAUGGCGCCGCUCGAGCCGUACCUGGGAGCGGCAACUUGA